AUGUAUCCACUUUUGAAGACGCCCAAAGAAGCGCUUUUGAAGCCAGAUGAAGAGAAGCAAGCUGGUGUCAAGUAUUCUCCCGAUUUUAGUCGCUCACCCUAUCAACGCUGUGAGAAUGGUGGCAACGAGCAACAACAGCCACGAAAGAAAGGUCUGGGUCACUGGUGCAUCCUGUUACUUCUCGCGGUUCUCUGCUUCAUGGUCUUGGUUAGAUAUUCUCUCAACAAGCAUUCAGAAUCUGUGGAAAAGAUUAGACGCUUCGAGGCCGCUUUCAACAAAUACGUCGCUGAUUACAAAAAGGAGUACAUGAAUACAGCUGAACGGAAUUAUCGCUACAACGUUUUCACUGAAAACAUGGAACGCUGGGAGAAAGAUGAGCGCGUGCUUGGCGGAGACAUUGAUCUUGAUGUCACCGAAUAUGCUGAUACUCCGUUGGCUGAAAUGAAGAAGAAAGGAUUUGUAACGCCAGUAAAGAACCAAGGAAGCUGUGGAAGUUGCUGGGCGUUUGCCGCUGUGGCCGCUGUUGAAUCAGCUUAUGCAAUUAAAAGUGGUGAAUUGUUGAAUCUCUCGGAGCAAAAAUCUCGU